UGGGGAAAGUGUUCCGGAGAAGGGCAGGCUCCAGGCUCCAGAGGUCACAGUAGCAGAGAACCGAGAUUCUCACACCAUGAAGAACCGUCUGGGCACAUGGGGACUGGUCAUCCUCUGCAUGCUGCUUGCCAGCCACCUCUCCAUGGUCAAGGCGAGGGGCAUAAAGCACAGGUUCAAGUGGAACCGGAAAGCCAUGUCCAGCAGCGACCAGAUGACCGAAGCCCGCAUGGCUGAGAACCGCCCAGGAGCUUUCAUCAAGCAAGGCCGGAAGCUGGACAUCGAUUUUGGAGCAGAGGGCAACAGGUACUACGCCACCAACUACUGGCAGUUCCCGGAUGGGAUCUACUACGAAGGCUGCUCUGACGCCAAUGUGACCAAGGAGGUGCUGGUGGCCAGCUGCAUCAACACCACCCAGGCGGCCAACCAGGCUGAGUUCUCCCGGGAGAAGCCGGAUAACAAGCUCCACCAGCGAGUCCUCUGGCGGCUGAUCAAAGAGAUCUGCUCCACCAAGCAUUGCGAAUACUGGUUGGAAAGGGGAGGUGCACUGCGGGUCACUGUGGACCAGCCAGCAAUGGUCUGCCUGCUGGGUUUCAUUUGGUUCAUUGUAAAAUAAACAACAACAAGGUUGGCAGCCACAGAGGUGAGCCAGCCGGCAAAGGUGGACAGAGGUACCCCAGCUCUCCCUCUCUAACCCCCAGUGUCCUGAAGGUACCAAGGUGUAGUGAUUCAUGGCACUUCAAAAGUCCCUUCCAAGUACUCUCCUUCCCAGCAUGAGUUUAAUAAGGUGUUUCAGUGCCCCCAUACCUCUCCCUGGCGGAACCGUCUUGUUCCCACUUUUACAGCUAUUCUAGGUGAUAGACCAACCAAAGAACUCGCAAACUGCUGUACACAGCACCUGAUUCCCCCAGCUAAUGGAGGUGGCCAGGAAACUGAGGUUCGCAUCGCUGAAGUCGCCCUCAGGUACAGACAGGAAGCAGCAGAGCUGGGAUUCCCCUGUUCUGUCUCCCCUCAGGUUUCCUGUUCCAUGUAGCCCAGAACUGCUCAUGAUCACGGCAGGAUUCCCAGGUGCAAGCCCAGGCCUGUGUGUGGAGUGGAAGUCCCCCCCUGAAGGAAGUGGGCAUCCCUGAGCAAGGACUAUGCAUCUUGACACCUUCCAGUGAGGCUAAAACAUUACAAAGACGUUCAACUCAAGCAGACACUCCACCAGACAGAGGUUCAGAAAUGACAUUGUAGGGAAAUUUGCCACUUGCUUCCCAGAGAGCAACAUCAGGACAGGAUGUGUUUGUGGUGUCUAGAUUCUCUUCCACAAGGACUGGUGUUUGCUGUGCUGGUCCCUGCAACGAUCUGCAAAGUUAAGAAACCCCUUGUAAAUGACAUGUUUGCAUCUUUGUUUUUCAUUUAUCUGUUUUGUUUUUCUAGAUGGGAAUCUAUAUAGCCCAGGUUGGCCUCAAACUCACAUUCUUUUAGCCUCCUGAAUGCUGGGAUUGCAGGCAUGCCACCAAGCCCAGAUGUUCCCCGGACCUGUACACGUGGUCUUGUGUAUCCUGUAAGCAUCUUUAAAUAUGUUCCCUUUGUACAGUGCUCUCCGCAAUCACUACUGCUUUUCGAACCCACUUUGGCAAGGGUUAUUCUUGGUGAAUCAAUUAUUACUCAAAAAAUACAAUUACUGGCCAAAAAGCCUGAGACUGGCAUCUUUGAGAGACCAAUAAAGACUCUGUCAUCACGAGAAUUGGUA